AUGUUUGUUCUAACACCAAGACAAAUAAAUUAUACUAAUAAUAUUAAUGAAUAAUAUAUAAUUUAAGCUUCAAGAAAUGUCAUGGAUCACUUUAAUAUAUUAGCAUAUGGAUAUAUAUAUUUAGACAAUCAUUUAACUAUUAUGAUUAAUUGCAAUGAUGAAAUCAAAGACAAUGAAAUUUAUAUCUCCUAACAUUUAUACUUAUAACUCAAAGACCCUUUGACUAUCAAUUUAACAAAAGCACAUCACAAUGCUUUUUAAUAUGAUGAUAAAAAUUUUAGAUAUAAUUUUUUUCCUAACCUACCUAUAUGUAAAGAAGUAACAUUAUCUAUUGUAAUUAUAUUUGUUAUUUCUUUUAGAUUAACAAUGAAAAUUGUAGACUUGUUACACCUAAAUUCUUAAAGGCUUUAUUUCAUGUUCCAAUAAUGGUUAAAGAAAAACAAAUUAUAAAGGGUACAUUGUAGGAUGAUCAAUUGUUUUAAAGAUUAUAGUAUUUCAUUAUACUUAAUAUAGAAUAUAAAAUUGUGAUAUCUCAUCUAAAUGUAGAACUAAAAUUACCAAUAGUUGUCAAUUAAAUAAUUUAUUGAGAGAUCAUUUCAUAUAUAUAUAAAUUGAAAGGAUUUUAGUAGAAAAAUAAGAAAAGCAAAAUGAGUGGUACAUUCUUGAUUUUAAAGAUGUUAAUGUUAAAUUUUAAGAUGAAUAUACUUAUUCACCUAUUUUGAAAUAAACUCUUAAUUUGAAGUUCUAAGAUAUAGUAUAUCAACUAGGAGAUUAUGAAAAUUUCAAAAAGUAAAUUAAUGAAAUAAUAAAACUUCAUAAAUCACUAUCAAUUGGAGUUGAGAGUCGAAAAAAGUAAGAUAACAAUAUUUUAAUAAUUUAGUUUAGGAAAAAGAUUAUUAUUGAAAUAGAUUGCAAAUUAAAACGGGAUCUUGUAUUUUGAGAAGGAUUUUGCUUAAAUCAGUUCUUUGAGAUUCACUGAGAAAUUGAUAUUAAAAAUAUAAGAUUCUCCUUGUAUAUUAUUGUUAAGGAAUUUCUCAAAAAUUGAGUAAGUCUUAUUACUUAAUAAAUAACAUGUUAGUAAAGAGGAUAUUAGUAAUGAAAUCAUUAAGAUUAUAAAAAGAAUAAAGAAAUUAAAGAAUGUGAUUAUUAUCUUAUCAAAUGAAGAUUUUAGUAAUUAUCCUAUAAUAAAAUCAUUUGUUGAUUUUUAUAUAAGAUUUUGCCCCUAGACUAAUGUAUCAAAAUAAUUAAUAGAAUAUUAUGAAUUAGAAUAGAGUGAAGAUGAAAUAUCAUAAGUUUUAAGAGAGACAACUUGGAGAGUAUUAUAAAAGGAGAUUAUUAAGAAUAAAUAAAAUUUUAUCAUGGAAUUAGAAUCUAAAUUAAAAAGUAUAUAAAUUGAUAGAAUUUAACAAUAGCUUAAACAAUUUCUUCUAAAACAAAGAUGGAAGAUGUAGGUGGAAUGGAAGUGGCUAUAAAAGAAGUAGCUAAAACAAUAAUAUUACCUUAAAUGUAUCCUGAAUUAUUUGAUGAACUUGUAAAACCAAGAAGAGGAAUACUAUUUUUUGGUCCACCAGGAACAGGUAAAACUUUAUUAGCUAAAUGUAUUGCAUGUGAAAUGAAAAUGAAUUUUAUUUCAGUAAAAGGACCGGAAAUGUUAAAUUAAUAUAUUGGUUAAAGUGAAUCUAAUAUAAGAGAUCUAUUUAAAAAAGCUAAAGAUAAUUCACCUUCUCUUGUAUUUUUUGAUGAAUUAGAUGCUUUAGCUCCUGCAAGAGGAAAUCAGAGUGAUUCAAAUUAAGUUAUGGAUAGAAUUGUUGCUUAACUCUUAACUGAAAUUGAUAAUCUAUCUGAUGCAAUAUUUAUUAUUGGAGCAACUAAUAGACCUGAUCUAUUAGAUCCAGCAUUAUUAAGACCUGGAAGAUUCGAUAAAUUAAUGUAUCUUGGUAUUAAAACUGAUAAAGAAAGUAGAAUUAAAAUAUUAAGAGCACUUACUAAAAGUGAUUAAUUUGAUACUAUCAUUGAUGAAAUACCAAAUAAUAUGACAGGAGCUGAUUUUUAUGGCUUAGUUAGUUAAGCUACCAUUUAUGCUACUAAAAGAACUAUCUAAAAUAAAUUGAAUGAAAUGGAAUUAUCCAUUCAAGAUUUAAGAGAAGCUUUGAAAACUAUUCGACCAUCUGUAAGUGAACAAGACUUAGUGAAAUAUGAAGAACUCAAAAAAAAAUAUUAAUGA